GGUACAGUUGACAUUUGAUACUUCUCUCGCCUUUCUUUAUUAUUCUCCCGCUCCCGAGACGACAGGAGGAGGUGGAGGGGGAGAGCCAUUUCUUCCUCUUCUUCUCUCGCCGGCGGCAACCCUGCGAGCCUGCAGUGACGCCGCCGCCGCCGCUGCGUCGGUUCUGAGUUUGCUUCGUCUCCGGGCUCGCUGCAUGUAAUUUCUGUUUCAGGAUUGAGCUUUGUCAAGAGCAGAAGAAGUCAUGUUUAGCUUUAGGAAAAAGCAUGCCUCUCGCUUCGAUUCAGAUGACAUUGAGCAACAAGAAGCAAAGAUCCAAGAGCUCAGAGCUGCACUUGGGCCGUUGUCUUCCUCUGGUAAGAAAUAUUGUACUGAAGCAUGCUUGAGAAGAUAUCUAGAGGCCCGUAACUGGAAUGUUGAUAAGUCCAGAAAAAUGUUGGAAGAAAGUCUUAAGUGGAGAACAGCUUACAGGCCAGAAGACAUUCGUUGGCCCGAGAUUUCUGUUGAAUCAGAAACAGGUAAAAUGUACAGAGCAAGUUUUGUAGAUAGAGAGGGGAGAACUGUCGUCAUUAUGAGACCCGCAAAGCAGAACACAUCGUCCCAUGAAGGGCAGGUACGGUUUCUUGUAUAUACGUUGGAGAAUGCAAUCCUCAGCUUGCCUGAAGAUCAAGAGAAAAUGGUUUGGUUGAUAGAUUUCACAGGAUGGACCUUGGCAAAUGCGACACCCAUAAAGACUGCCAGAGAAUGUGCAAAUAUCCUGCAAAAUCAUUACCCUGAGAGGUUGGCUAUCGGGAUCCUGUUUAAUCCCCCCAAAGUAUUUGAGGCUUUUUGGAAGGUUGUCAAACAUUUCCUUGACCCAAAAUCAAUCCAGAAGGUGAAUUUUGUAUACCUGAAGAACGAGGAGAGCAUGAAGAUCCUGCACAAGUACAUUGAUCCAGAAGUCCUUCCUGUAGAGUUUGGAGGAAAGAACAAUGUGGUGUACAGCCAUGAGGAGUACUCCAAGUUGAUGGUGAAAGAUGACAUUAAAAUGGCAAGCUUUUGGGCAUCGGAUACAAAAACUGACCAUGUUAACAAAGUCAUUAACGAGCACUCCGUCCCCGAGGUUACGCAACAGUCGUCGCUGGUGGCUGCGAAAGCGAGCUGAGGAGUAUCAAUCUGCCAUGAUGGGGGUUAUAAACCAAAACAAAUUCUAAAAGACGAUGUAGAGGACUAUUGGUAUGUUCAUGAUAAAUAAAUGGAACUGCAGAAUAAUUUACCUGGGAUGUUACAGCUCCAUGUAUUACUGCUAAAAAUCUUUAGCUAAAGACCAGUCUACAAAAAAUCUUUAGCUAACCGACCUGAGCUACAGAUUCAGAGAUUAUAGCGAGUUCAUUACAAACUAUCACCAGUAAAAGGAAAUAACAGACUUUAAUUUGCCCGGUAUUAUGUCUUGUCUCUGGAUGUUUUUAUCUUAACUCUGCCAUUAUUUGUCUA